AUGGCGAAAGUUGUGUUGAACUCGGUUCGACUGCUGUCCAUGGAGGAGCUCUGUUCGGUGGCAUUGUCUAAACGUGCAGUGGUAUUGGAGCCCGAACUGGCCAAAUCCUUGGGUAUAUCCCCUACAACUUCAACUUCUAAAUAUGCUUCUUGUACCCUUGGAGGCGAACAAGUGCUACGAAGCUCUAACUACUGCGAUUCUUUAAUCAAUCGCAUGAUUUGCUGCGCGCUUCUACAAAAAGCUCUCAGAUGGAAGCCAAAUCCCCAAUGUACAUUGAUUCCCAAGCUGGUGGAUGCACUUAACGCCAAUAUUAUUAACGUGAGCCAGGCGUUAGAUUCCAUGCGAGUAAGCGGCAAGGAUAGUAAUGAUGUCAAUGGAGCCAUCACUCCCAGGGUAGUCCACACCCUAGCAAGUGUUGCGCAGGUAUCUGCCACCGGUUCCGGCGAAGUGUCCAUACAAGAGGUUGCUAGCAGCCUAGGACUGAGCGUUGAUGAAUUCAGCUCUUUGAGCCACGGACAGACAGAACUCUUUGCCACAGCAUCAGUGCUUGGUCUUGUUUUGAGUGCAUUUUCCAAAUUUUCCGAUUGCGUGUUCGGUUUGGUUUGCGAGUCUCUUCGUCUGCCUAUUCAGUGUUUUUCUAGUGCUGAGUUGCAGAAACUUCCACAUUGCGUCGGCGUGGCAAGGAACUUGUUAUGGCUUACGGAGGACAGCAAGCUGAUUCCUUCUUCAUCACACUCUUCAUCAUCGGAUACAGGGAUUCCCGGCUUGAAUAUGGUAGUUUCAGGUUAUGUACUUGCAAAUGGCGAGCUGGGCUAUCUGUCGAAAUCGGUGCUCAAGAUAACAUCUGAGAUGCUUUCCGGAAUUUGCACUUGCGCGAGGAGUUCUGAUUCACAGUCGUUCAUGGAGCAUGCGUGGUCUUCAUCUCUGCAAUCACACAUAUUUAGCCUGCAUCGGUGCCUAACAUCGGUGGCCAAGUGCUACGUAUCGCUUCUUCCAGCGUUGAUCGCGGCCUUCCAGAAAUUACUAUCUACUGCAACCGACGCAGGAUCUUUGGAGCAACCCUUGGGUACUAUAAAUGCUAAUGCAUCCGAAUAUGAAAAACUGCUCAAGGACUUCGAAUCAGCCCUAUCGACAUUUGAGGAUCAACCUGCUGGUAUAGACAAUAUGAAUGCCCUAUCUGUGUUAUGUGGAGACCUGUCCGUUGCUUGUGCUUCGUUAUGUACCGGCAUCCUCACCAUGCACGAGUCUAUGCGCAAGCCUUCAGAGGGCAAGAAAGUCCCCUCGGACUCCACUGGACGCAAGGUUCUUCUUGGCCACGGUAAUAUGGGUGUAUCCAACUUUUUAUGUGAACUUUUGGAUGACUCUGGUGUCUGUGGCAUGGUAACUUACGAUAGGUUACGCCAAUCUCUUGCUGUACCACGUUUACUACAGCAUGCUUCUCGUUUAGACAUCUUGCUUGUUCCUCGAAACAAUCAAGUACGCAAGUUAAAGGUCCCUAAGGGCACUGUUGACAUUUUACCUGACGAGAUGGUGAUUCGUACAAUAGUCCUGGAUGCUGUGCGUUCUGUGUUCAAGCAGCACGGUGCUUGUGAGAUUGACACCCCUGUAUUUGAGCUUCGAGAGACAUUAAUGGGUAAAUAUGGUGAGGAGCAGAAGCUUAUUUUUGAUUUGAAAGACUGUGGCGGUGAGCAGUUGUGUCUACGGUAUGAUUUGACAGUUCCUUUUGCACGUUUCUUGGGUUCAAACAAGAUCGAGAAAAUGAAACGGUUUCACAUAGGAAAGGUUUAUCGGAGGGAUGAGCCUCAGAUCCAGCGAGGUCGUUUUCGUGAGUUUGUGCAAUGCGAUUUGGACUAUGCUGGAGUGUACCCGCCUAUGGUUGCUGAUUCCGAGGUGUUGUUCAUUCUUAUACGUGUACUGCGUUUACUUUGUCCUGGUAAAUUUCAGGUAAAGAUCGGUCACCGUGUGAUUUUGGAUUCAAUAAUGAGUCACUGUGGCGUGCCUACUGAAAUGCAUCGCACUAUUUGUAGUUCGAUAGAUAAGUUAGAUAAGGAGCCCUGGUGUAACGUGCGGGAAGAGAUGGUUAGUGACAAGGGUUUAUCUGUGAGCGUCGUCGAUGCACUGCAAGAGUUUGUUGAAGUUAAAGGGAGUAUAUCGAGUGUUGUUGAGUUUUUGCGUGGCAAGUCUCUGGGAGGGGCAUCAGAGGCCCUGGAGGAGAUGUUGCUGUUAGACGAAUAUCUCUCUGCAUUUGGCGCCACUUCUGAUGAGCUUUUGUUUGACUUGAGUCUGGCUAGGGGUCUGGAUUACUAUACGGGCGUUAUUUUUGAGGCUGUACUAACUGGAUCAUCGGUUGGUUCGGUCGGUGCCGGUGGCCGUUAUGACGGCCUGAUUGGUAUGUUGUCCGGUCGGCAAGUUCCUUCUGUGGGCAUGUCGUUAGGAAUCGAGCGUCUUAUGAAGGUUGUCUCACAUGGUAGUGUGUCGAGUGACAUGACUGAUGUAUUUGUGUGCACGGUGGGUGACGCCUCCAUGUUACCAGAGCGCCUGCGUCUGUGUUCCUUGCUGUGGGAUGCCGGUAUUGCGGCUGAAUUCCACUACAACCCACGUGCUAAUUUACGUAAACAAUUAGAUGCGGCUACUGCGAAAAGGGCCCAGUUGGCGGUGGUGCUAGGUAUGACUGAACUUUCUUCUGGAACUGUGCGUUUGAAGGUGUUAAAUUAUGCUGACGAUUCUGUAACUACCAGUGCUACUGGUGACGAUUCCCAGGCUAAGAUAGAAGAAAUUGCUAUUGCACGCACCGAGAUGGUACACACCAUCAGACGAAUGUUGGAAGAGCGUGCGUUAUUCGCCAAAUUGGCGAUUCCUGGUAACGCAUUUUUGUGUUUUUUCGGUAGUGGUAAGGGUAGUGGCAAAAUUUCACUAUUCUUCCAUUCCAUUCCGUAUAUAUUCCGUAAAACUGGAUGCGUGGUUUGGAUACGAAAAGCUACAAAUGAUGACAUCAUCAACAACAAAUAUAUAUACAUCGACUUGUUCAGCCGUUCCCAUCAUAAUGCCAUCGAGACAAAGAAGGAGGAGGAUGACAAUAUCAACGGUCGUACCAAUGUGAUUACCUACACGGUGAACACGAGUAAGCUUCCUUCGGAGUUUUCGAAUGCGACCUUUGGUGAUGUAUAUUACUACCAGCAAUUGUUGCAGGCGGAUGGAGGCUACGACAAGAGGACCUUGGUGACUUACAACGACGAGUUGCAGCGGUACUGUGUAUUCAUUGAGUCCUUUGACACAUCCGGCAAACGUGUAUCUAUGCGCCUCUACCGUGUGAAGAGAAAGGUAUGGUGGCUCAAGAGUGUUGCUAGUGAGGGUAACGCGUUUACUGACACUUGGAAUAGUUUCUUGAGCACUAUCGGUUUCGUCGACCAGAAACCUAUAGAGAGGCAGACCCUGAAUAUCACGGAGUCCAACUGCCCUAUGGGUAUGAUAAACUACAAAUCGUCGUCUUACGACCUUAUAUACACCACGGCUGCUGGAGGAGGCACUGCAUUUAUUGGCGAUGUUAUUUUCCGUUCUAUGCCUAUGGAGGUAUCGCCCAACUGCACAGAUCUCUACGUAUGGCGAUACUUCAAGGGGGAACACGCCAACAUCACUCAUGUUGUUAUUGCUGAGCUCUUCAAAACACAUUCCAGUGUCACUUACUUCAAAUGUGUUUCAACUAAGAACUCACAAUACGAGGAAAUUGAUUCAUUUGGAUCAGAAAACCAGCUAACCUCUUUGCCCGAUAUGAUCGAUACAUUCCCGAAAUACACAAGCGUGUAUCUGCCUCUGGUAUAUAGAUUCGGCCCAAGUGUCGAGCAUCCUUACCAGAGUGGUCUUUACGUGAUGGCGUAUCCUCAUGCUAAUCACUACAUAAUUCGACCUAUGUCGGACAAGGUGCUGCAGGUGAUCACGUCGCUUAAGGUUGAGGGAAAACACAACAAUCUUAACUUGGUUGUAGGCAAUGCUGUUGGCUACACUUAUGUCGCUAGCACGCAUUUAGAUAAGGAUUUGGCACGUGAGAUGAGUUUAACAUCUGUAAGCAAUGCUAAAGUUGCUAUCGCUGGAGGUCGCAUUUCAUUGACUGGACCCGUGAACGGGCACACGUCUCUCGUCGACCAGCACACACUUGCGUUAUUGAAAUCUGGUCUGCCGUUACAGCAUCUAAAUAUGCAACCAUCAGAAUCUCUAGACAUUAAGGGUUCAGUUACUUUCGACAUAUUCAACUACAACGACGCGAAGAUCUUAGAUGCGCAGCUUGCUGUUGGUAUAACUUUCUAUACUCCAAAUCUGAUAGGCGCUACUGGCUUCAAGAACUGCGUCUCCAAUAAGAAUGAGGUUGUGAAGUUGUCAAAAUCGUACAACACCCAAAUAUUGUUGAUUGAGUCCGGUAAAAAGAAUUUGGUUGUCCUAUUUCAGGGAGACGUGAAAGACACAAAACUGUACGACAUUACCAAUUCAACCGAGAUCACUAACAACAAUACGAAGUUCAAGUACCUUAAGGAGCACAACUUGUCUGAAUUAGACCGUAUAACUAAGGAGGGUACAAAGCGUGAGAACAAUGAAGUUGUGUUGAACUUGAAUGAUCCUAUGCUCAACCCACACAUCGAGCUCUUGGUGAUUUCUACCAACGUUACGAUAUACAUGCCAUUGGGUGACAACACUCGCAUUUCCACUCUCAUCUGGGGAAGGAAACAGCUCGAUUUUGACCCUGAGGCCAACCCUAUCAUCACUGUUAUCACUAACGGCAGUAAGAAGUAUCUUUUGGUGGACGAGUAUGUUGCUACCCAUUCUACAAUCAACAGGGCCUUGUACACUAUGGAGCAGCUUGAUUCUGCAUAUAGGCUACGUUUGGUUGGUAAAGCGUCUUGUCAAGUAAACGAGGGUAAAAUUGACAUAACACGCAACUGCUUGAGUUCUACGUGGUACGAGAUGAUUUCAAAGACUCUCCCUAUUCGUGCUGACUUCAAUGAUGUUCGUGUUGGUAAAGUGAAGUAUGAUUAUCACAAUUUGACUAUGCUAUUUAUGCCACACGGCCAUGAUUUCUCUAUUGGUAUUGCACGUGUCAGGGACAAGGAGAUGGAGACAAACCCUGGUCACCGUUGGAGGCAAUUGCACCGUCAAGGUCAUGACGAAGUCUAUUCGGUUUACACCAUGUCUGGCAAAGGUAUUGAGGAGCAUGUUCUGAAUGGAGAGGGCGCCACCACAUCUUCAGGUACUACACCAUUCGUCCGUGUGGCCAUACCUAAGUUGGAUGCUGGUGCUGUUGCGCUGAUGUUGGAUGAUUUGGAUUACAAUGGUAUAAAAACUACCAUUUCUAAAACUGAAAAUGCCAAGGUUACAGUUAUUAGCGCAGAAGAGGCGAAUAGUUUUUUCAACCCUCUUGUCUUUGGUCACCAUGAGAUGCAAUUCCUCUCAAACUCUCGCUGUGUCCAAGUGAAAAUAACUGAACAGCAGGACGGUUUGCGCGAAAUUAGCGCUGUCGUGAAGGAUCAGGAAGGUGUAAAUUCUACUGUCGUUUUUAGGGAGCAGUCUGCAGGUUCUGGUUAUUUCGAUGCUGACAAGGAUUCACUCCGUGCUGUCCGUUUUGUGGACAUUAACGGCCCUAUUAACAACCUUACGAAGUACUGCAACCAUUUGGACGUUAUGGAUUUCAACAAGGGUAUCUUCCCGCACUACGUGCGUUAUUUGACAUUGAACAGGACCACCAUGUACUUCACGGGCGAUGUACUGAGCACUGGUUUACGUCUAGUGUUCGGGGAGCUUGACCUUAAGAUUCCUGCCACGAACUAUGCGUUCCAUUUAUGGGUGCUCUACCAGACUGAUGAUUCGUCUACAGCUACGGCAUACCUGCACUAUGGUACCGAUCAGGGCAUGCAAACUACGUUUUACACGGUUGAGAGUUCCAAGGACGCUCGUGACUUGAAACGUCCUAUAUCAUACAACUGUAACUGGGGUCCAAUGAGCAACUUGGAGUUUUACAUUGUGAACCAUACAUUGAUUAGACACGUUCAAACCAAGCAUGAGUUAUCUCCUAUUGACUUGGAUAUUAGCAGUGAAAGUGUGGAUCCUGCUAUAUUGAGACUACAAUUCGACCACAACACUACUCUGUACACUACCUUGGCAUCAUCUGGUAGUGUGAUAGACGACGUGUUUCACAAGGGUGCAACUAUUCGUGGUGUGCCUAAGCAGGUAGUGAAACAUGUGUAUCACUCCAACGGCACAUCUGAUGACGUGAUAUUGGUUGUCGUCCGCACCGUAAGCUCUGUUUUGGCACAGGCAUACCGAUUUAGUGCUAACGACGCAUUUGAGCCGGUAGCUGCUUCGGCGAUUGACCCGAAAGAGCACUCUGGCAUAUACUCCAUACUUAGCCGCAUGGACUAG